UUGGUUAAUCUUCAGACAAAUCGAGUGUUACGUAAGACGGCCCAAACAGGACAGAGCUGAAAAGAAGGGCAAUCCAUUGGAAGCCCAGGAAACAACCCGAAGGAGAAAGUAAAUACUACCGUGCAGCCAACGGUCUUGAGAAGGAAAAGAUGCUGCAGCAAAAUGAUCUGAUCAUCCACACUUGUACCGCAUUUUGAUUUUUGGAGCAGCCCGUUAAAUUUCAAAAUGAUGUUUCGCAGAAAGAUUUGCAAAAACAUCUGCGUCUUCAUUCUACCGACAGUAAUAGUGUUCGGUCUUGUACUGAACUUCAGCGGAAACUGGUCGGUCGAGCAAACACAAAGCCAACCGCAUCCUCACUGGGGUAUAGGCAACGAUUUCCCCGUCGACUACGACUCAUAUGACUCCAUCGACGGUCACGUCCACGGACGAGGCAGUCUCUACGACCACGAUCGGACAGAUCCAAAAUCUACUAGCGGCCACAAACGCUUGGAACCAUCUUUAAAGUGGACUAAUUUGUCAGCACUAGUUGCAAAAGGGACAAAGUUUAAAGUACAACGGGCUCUUUAUCGUUUUGCACCAGAGGUUUUCGAUACUUUCCCCACUGAGUUUCUUCCCGGCAUCAAAAGUCCCUGUUGGCUGGACGUUGGUACCGAAGAACUCAAGUGCUUGCCGUCCUUCUUUCUGGCUGGUUUCCCGAAGUGUGGUACCAGCGACGUCUACAGCAAACUUUACCAGCACCCCGGCAUUGUGCGUACCCUGAAGAAGGAGCCUCACUGGUGGACUCGGCAAAGAUUUAAUGGAUCGUCGUUGGUCGAAUAUGCUGGAAAUUUCCAGACCCUGGCAAAGAGAAUUUCAGAGAGUGAUUUGACAUCCAAAACUCUUAUUGCCGGGGACGCUUCUGCAGCCACUGCUUGGAAGAACAACCACUGGCGGUUUUUCUACCCCACUGCUGACGAGCCGCUGUACAUCACAGCGGAGCUGAUUCACCAGUUUCUACCAAAGUCCAAGAUCAUUUUCCUCCUCCGUGACCCAACCGAGCGAGCCUUUUCAGAUUACCUGUACAUUAACUUCCUACAGCGGCGUAACAGUGGGUGGAAGUUGCCGAAACUCAACUCCGUGACCUUUCACGCAGAUGUUUUGGUUUCCAUAGCAACGUUGACAUCUUGUCUCAACAGAGGGAAUUCUAUGCGUGCUUGCUCGUAUGACUGCACUGACACUUUACCUACGCGGAUAGCAGUUGGUCAUUACGUGGUGUACCUCCGUGAUUGGAUACAAGCUUUCCCACGUGAUCAGAUAUUUGUGCUGCGAUUGGAGGACUGGAGCGACAACUGCGAAAAAUGGCUUCCAAAGUUGUACAAGUUUUUAGAUCAAGAAAAACUUAGUGACGACACCAUCAGCCAAAUUUGCAAGAAGAAGACGAAAAACUCUCCCCGCUACAGUCGGGGGUUCAGAGGGGAGUUACAGAACAACACCAGGGAAAUCCUGGACGCUUGGUACGGCCCACUCAACAAGGAACUGGACAAAUUUCUACGCGAUAAUAAUCUGUAGAUCUUGGGACGCGGGAACGGAAGUUCAUAGUGUCUUCGCAAAUGCGAACAUGAGUAUGACGUUUGAAGUAUAGUGGCUGAAAAAAAAGUCGCCGAAGUUGAAAUAUGUUAAAAUGUUGCGAAUUCGCUAUGCAAAUAGCCAUACGUUGCAAAUUCGUGUUUUCAUUGGCCUUUUGGGCUUCUAGAUGUUACGAGAACUUUAGACAGGAGGGGAGGCAGUCAGCAGAAGGUAGAAGCUUUAGGCAUGGUGUUGCCCAAAAGGCUUUAUCAUGGUCCUUCUAAUGUCGAUCUUAUUUAGGAACGACCUUUUUUAAGAUCUCGAAUGUAACAGCAAACUUUUGCAGUGUUUCUUUAAAAUUUUGCCCAUGCACAGUCUCAGUAUACAUGUAUUUUUCCCGAUUUUGUCUGAACAAAGAGAUAAAAAAUAAUCGAAUAAAAAUGAAACAACAAAUAUCUUUCAAAAUUGUGCCAGGAGGAUCUGCCUUGUGUGGAUCCGUAUAUUGAGAGAUUAGAAUAAUAACAACCAAAAUAUAAUAUCCUGCGAGGAUUAUAAUUUGUACAUAAGUAUCAAUGUAAUAAUGUUACCGUAUGAUUCCACGGCCACCUGUCCGCAGUAAACGGACAUACGAAAAUCUGAUUCCUGGAUCCCCUGCUGGAUGUGCCUUCCGCAGGAAACAAAGAGAUCUUUUGCCAAUCCCGAUUGAUUAAGCUUGUGCGUUACAGCCUGCCGCCGUUUGGGAGACAAAAGAGUGCUAUUAACGAUUAUUUUUAUGUCUGAACUCUCCACACGGUUUUUGUGACUACUAGUUUUGUAGCUUGUGAUGUGUUUAAUAAAGUUUUUUAUUUUGUUUUGAAAAGAUACAAGUACUACAAUUACGUGAGCUUGAACACGUGGAAUGGUAUUGAAAUUACAUGUAUAAAUAAAAAUAGUAAUAAAAAGUGUGAUGAA